GGCUAUCAGCUACUGCGGCGUGAAACAGAAUGGCCGCACCUCAUUGUUAGAGAAGAGGACAGUAAACACUGGAGCAAAUUAAAGAUCAAGAAGACGGGGAUCUAAAAGACGAUGCGAAACAGCAGAGGAGAUAAAAGAAGUGUGGGAGAGGAGGAAGGAAGAGAGGACUGACUGGGUGAGGUGACAUGAGGAGGAAAAAUUGUGAUGUCUGCAUUACAUCAAAGAAGAAAAAUACUUCAAGCAGAGCCACACUUAAUCCUCCCAGCUAUAUUCUUUUAGCUGGUAUGGACUUUUAUUACAUUAUCGUCCCCAGCAGGACAGAUCAAUUUCUAACUGGAAGCCCUGUGGCGCUCGGAUAAAGCAACAAAAGACGCAGUGAAAGUGCCAUCAGACAUUUCAUAAACGCCCUCCUUACUUUUGUAAACACUGCAGCCUGGACAUUGUAGCAGUGAGCUGAAAGGGCAGCAAAGCUGUAACACGACUGCUCAGCAAAAUGCCAUGCUCACCUUUUCGAUUUAGAAGAUCAAGAAAAUUCUGGAAACAAGAUGGGAGUGACCCUCGGAUUUCUGCAACACUAGAGCCCCAGCUGUUCCAGCCCACGCUCCCACACGGCGCCUCGCCAAUCAACAAGACCACAGAUUUAUUUGAAAUGAUUGAAAAGAUGCAGGGCAACAGGAUGGACGAGCAGAGAUGCACCUUGCCUCCACCACUCAAGACCGAGGAGGACUAUAUUCCAUAUCCAAGUGUCCACGAGGUGCUGGGGAGGAAAAGCCCGUUCCCUCUCAUACUCCUGCCGCAGUUCGGGGGUUACUGGAUCGAAGGGACGAACCACGAGCUGACCGACGGGGCGGACGCCGAGCAGCUCCAGCCUCUGUCCCCAAACACUCGCACCAAGCUGGAAUGUAACACGACUGCUACGCUCUUUCGGAAGCACUUCCUGGGAAAGGAACACUUUAAUUACUAUUCAGUCGACGGUAGCCUCGGACACCUGGUGUUCUCCCUAAAAUACGAUGUGAUCGGCGACCAGGAACAUCUCCGCCUCAUGCUCAGGACCAAGCUGAAAACCUACCAUGAUGUGAUUCCCAUUUCCUGCCUGACAGAGUUUCCAAAUGUGGUCCAAAUGGCCAAGCUUGUCUGUGAAGAGGUCAACGUGGACCGCUUUUUCCCCGUCCUUUAUCCAAAAGCUUCAAGACUGAUUGUCACCUUUGAUGAACAUGUGAUAAGCAACAACUUUAAGUUUGGAGUCAUCUACCAGAAGUUCGGACAGACUUCAGAGGAAGAGCUUUUUGGCAACAGUGAAGAGAGUCCCGCCUUUGUAGAAUUUCUGGAGUUUCUGGGAGAGAAAAUUGAACUGCAUAACUUUAAAGGUUUCCGCGGAGGGUUAGACGUCACUCACGGGCAAACGGGCACAGAAUCUGUCUACUGCAACUACCGCAACAAAGAGGUCAUGUUCCACGUGUCCACGAAGCUGCCUUACACAGAGGGGGACACCCAGCAGUUGCAGAGGAAAAGGCACAUAGGGAAUGACAUCGUGGCCAUCGUAUUCCAAGAAGAAAACACUCCGUUUGUGCCCGACAUGAUCGCCUCCAACUUCCUCCACGCCUACGUUGUUGUCCAAGUGGUCAACCCUUGCUCCGAUGAUAUUCUCUACAAGGUUUCAGUAACAGCACGUGACGACGUGCCGUUCUUCGGCCCAGCCCUCCCGAAUCCUGCUAUCUUCAGAAAAGGCCCUGAAUUCCAUGAAUUCCUUUUUACUAAGCUUAUAAAUGCCGAGUACGCCUGUUACAAAGCUGAGAAAUUUGCCAAAUUAGAGGAGCGGACGAGGUCGGCCUUGUUGGAGACGCUUUACGAGGAGCUCCAUGUGAACAGCCAGGCCAUCAUGGGGGUCGGAGGAGAGGAUGACAAACUGGAAAAUGGGAGUGCUGCAGGAGGGGGCUUUUUUGAGUCCUUCAAGCGGGUGAUCCGCAGCAGGAGCCAGUCUAUGGACGCCAUGGGUCUUACUUUCAAGAAGCCGCACACAUUCUCCACUAGCCUGAGCGGCACCUUUAACCACAGCCCCGCAGAGAGCCCCAAAUUCCCAGGGAUAUCAUUGCUUGUCCCAGGCAAAAGCCCCAGUAAAUAUGGACGCCGAGGCAGUGCCAUAGGGAUAGGAACAGUAGAAGAGUCUUUGAUAAUCCCGGGUAAAAGCCCCACCAGGAAAAAGUCUGGUCCGUUCAGCUCCAGACGAAGCAGUGCCAUCGGCAUCGAGAACAUUCAAGAAGUCCACGAAAAGAGCAGUAGAGAAAGCUCCCCGAACACACAGAAAACCCCCGACAGCGGCCACGUCUCUCAAGACCCCAAAUCGGACAACUCGUCCAAUCAGAGCUCUCCAGAGGUGCUCACUACCACCAAGAACAGUGCUUAUCUCGUUGGCAGAGCUCCAUCCAUCCCCGAGGCGCACGACCUUUCCCGCUCGUCGUCCAACGCCAGCAGCUUCGCCAGCGUGGUUGAAGAGAAUGAGACCGAGGCGGCGGAGGACUACGACACAGGCAUGGAGAGUCUUUCCUCUGCUGGAACGCCACAUAAGCGGGACUCCCUCACCUACAGCACCUGGCUGGAGGACAGCAUCAGCAGCAGCAGCACCACCAGCCGUGGGAGCUCCCCGGGGCCCGGUAAACCUGACCGAGGGAAGGCAACAGACAUCCGAAUCAAACUGGAACGAUCACACGACCAUCAGUCCUCAUCAAACUGCUAACUCGAACCACCCGGUUGCAUCCCGGUUAUCCAUCUUCAGCAUUCCCAUAAGUCACUGUCCUUCUGGGAGAUAAAACAAGUGCAGGUGUUUGCCAUGACCAGAGACGAGUAGGAUGAGGCUGAAGAGUGUGAGGAAGAGGUGACGGAGCAGAUGGAGUCUGGCCAGCCUGCGGCUCAGUGAGGCCGGAGUGCAGCAAAACCACCAAUCCGGUGUUCACCGCCGAGGACGACGCACAAAAAAGGGGUCCAGCUUUUGCACAGUGUUGUUUCCUUCCACUCUUUUCUUUGCCUGUUCACACGUCUGUUGCCUCGUUGUGUGUUUUUCUACCUGACCUUCGUUUAACAAGUGCACAUUUUAUCAGCAGAUGUCUUUUUUUUUUUUUUGUGAGAGGUGUUGCUUUGUCUUAGUUGUCUUGUUAAAGCCUCAAUGUGCUGGCUAUGUGAAGUCAACACUGUGCCAUUGUGCUCUCUGUUGCAACAAAAUACAUUCAAUAUAACUACCUGGACGGUUUUACCAAAUCAACCUGGGUUAAUGAAGGUAUCUAUAAUGUAUACAUAAUACCAAAUAUUACCGUUAAGGAUGAGCAUUUUCUUAUAAAAUAUCCAACAUCAUGUGAAAUUGUACGACUUGAUGCUUCUAAAUGUGAUUAUUUUCUUGGUGAAACACAUCUAGGGAAACAGUGUAGCUCCAGCUGACUAACAUUUAGUUACCGUCACAAACCACAGGAAACACCGCACUGGACGAUAGUCAAUUAUGCGUUUUUUUUUCUCUUCUUCUCGUCUUUUACCUCCUGCUUUUCAAUCAUUUUCUGGGUUUGUGGGGCAAGAAACUGGACAGCAGCAUCACACACGCAGACACACACACACGUUAAAGGUGGAAUAUUGCAGUUUUGCUCCAGCACUUUCUUUGUACGGACGCAUCCAGUGAUUUUUCUUUUGUGCUCAUUAUCAUGUUGUGAUUUAUAAGUACGUUUAUGGACUCUAAGCAAACCUCAGAUAAAAGAGCAAUGAUGCAGGUAGACUACACUUACAUGUUGAACUAAUAACUCAUGGAUAAAACUGGAAAACAGACUUUAAAACUCUUCUAAAUCACCUCCUGGAGUGAUUUACCUGCUUUAUGUGUCUUUUCCAAACAGUCACAACACUAUGUUCUGAGUUUUGUUCUUUUUUUUUAACUUGUUUUUAUUUAUUGAUUUAGUCCCUGUCGAUAACGGCUUGUAUGACGAUCAUCUCUCAUACUGUACCUCUACACGGUGACUACAUCCAUCAGCCUGUCACGAGCUUCUGUUGUGUGUCGCUUUGGCGUGAGUUAUAAUGUCGUCAUCUGUAACCUUCUGUAUAUUUAAGGGGUCAGAGCUCUCCAAAAGCAGUAAACUUGCAAUGAAGUCACAUGAGACGUGGAUAUUUAUUUGCUUUGAAAGUGAUGAAAUGACUCAAAAUAUGACUACUGAUUCUGUAAAUAGACAUUUAUUGAAGUACGGAGUGAAUAAUGCACAGACCGUUUAUUUGAAGUACGCUUGAACGAGACCGUAAAAAUUACUGCCAAGUUUGCAUUGUUUCAUCUCUUGUAUUCCUAAUUUUAAGUAUUAUUAAGAGAGUUUUAUAUAAUAAAGUUAUUUUAAAAGCUACUCAGACUGUUCUGUAAAAGGGAAAAUCUCACAGUACAUCCUGCUGAUCAUUUCAGUUGCCUUAUGUCAUGAACAGAUGGUGUAAGAGUACAGCUAACGAAGCAAAUAAUAAGCAGCCAGCAGGAUUUAAAAUAAAAUGAAUGUUUUGUUUCUAUUGUAAAUAAAUGCCUGGAAAACUUUA